AAUCGACGAGCCAGUCGUGAAUGUGCUAGUGUUGUGUUAACAUCAUAUAUUCUUCUUAUCAUAUAAUUAACGCAUUUUUUUUUUGUUAAUCUACAUUAAGCGUAAAAAGAAAAAAAGUUAACAGUUUUCGCAAUGCAGAACUCUCAACCAAUCAUCCUUCUGCUAAUUUCUUUCUUCAUUUAUAAUCGAUUUCUCUUUCAACCAAUCGAUGCGAUUGGUAAUCUUCGAAUAGCUUAUCAAUGGAAAGAGAUCGAUUAUGAUUGGCCAAACGACGAUGUCAAAAAAUUAUUUCCUGAUUAUAAUCGUGAGGAUAAUCUUCCUUUGGGUUUGGAUAUCGCUGAUAACAGGAUCUUUGUGACCGUACCGAGAUGGAGAAGAGGAGUUGCUGCUAGUUUAAAUUAUAUCAAUCUUAAUGAUACUCGAGAAUCACCACCGUUUAUACCUUACCCAUCUUGGGAAGCUCACGAAUAUGGAAGCGGAAAUGGAACACCAGAACUGGUAUCACCCUUUCGAUUAAAAGUCGAUCGUUGUUCAAGACUUUGGGUUCUUGACACAGGAUUAGUUGAUAUUAUGGGAAAUCCAGAACAAAGGGUACCACCUGCAUUAGUCAUUUAUGAUUUGAAAGAUGAUACACCCUUACGAAAAUUCAUCAUACCUCCUGAUCAAAGGACGGCUGAUUCUUUCUUUGCUAAUAUCGCUGUCGAGGAUUAUAAUUGCGAGGAUACUUACGCUUAUCUUGGCGACCUCGGUGCUCCAGGAUUAGUCGUUUAUUCUUGGAAACUUGAUCGGUCUUGGCUUGUUAAGCAUCACUUCUUUCAUCCUGAUCCUAAGGGAGGCAAUUUCAAUGUAUCUGGCCUAGCAUUCGUAUGGACUGAUGGAAUCUUUGGAAUGGCUCUGGCACCUACUCCGGAUGGAUACAGUACUCUUUAUUUUCAUCCAUUAUCUAGUACAAUGGAGUUUUCUGUUAGUACAAAACUUCUACGAGAUCCCGAACGUAUUAAUUCUCCUGAAAGUUUUCAUGAAUUUCAACCUCUUGGCUCUCGUGGAUCGAAUGGUCAGAGCAGUGUCAGCUUUAUUGAUCCAAAUACAGGCGUCAUGUUCUAUGCUUUAACAAACUUAAAUGCUAUUGCUUGUUGGAGACCUACUAAUAAGUUUAGUCUACAACAACAAAGUUUCGUCUACGUCGACAACGUCACUAUGAUAUUUCCCAACGAUUUGAAAAUAGAUCAUAAGAGCAACAUUUGGAUUUUAUCAGAUCGCUUACCAAUCUUCAUGUAUUCUCGUUUGGAUCCUGAUGAUUACAAUUACAGGAUUUUGGUUGGAUCAACAGAAGAUCUCAUUCGUGAUACAGUUUGUUCGAAAGACUUUGAUAUCUCAUCGAAAAAUCCAGAUAAUUCUGGAAUGUCCUUUAUUGAUACAAAUGAUAUAAUUCCUGAGAUAAAAAAGGACAGAGAACAACAUUAUAAUGGUGCCGGAGUUAGUGAUAUAUCUAAAACGUUUGGAUCAUUGAUCAUUACAAUGCUAUUUUUCCUUUUUCUUUCAUAAAAUCUUAAUCAUAACAUUCUCAUGUGUUGUCAGUAAGACUAUUCGACGUUAUCGGUAUACAUAUUUUUUUUUUGAUUCAUAGGUUCUUGUACAAUGCUCUUAAAUUUAAUCUAAUUCUAUUUGAAAUGUAUAUACAGCUAACUCUCGUAUAACGUGGUAUUUAAACAACGCGGUUUGGAUAUAACGCGAUGUUGAAAUUUUUACAUUUUUAUCUUUUCAGUUUAUAUAUUUUUAAAAAUACAUGUGCGCAUUAUUUUCCUAUCUUCCGUAUAUUAUGUCGGAAUACACAGAUACGCACGCGCGCAUGCAUGUAUGUUUUUAUCAUUAAUUUUAUGAUUUGUAUAUUAAU